AAUGUCCCAAUCGCAACCCCCUUCCAGACCAUUCCUCAGCACCCCCCUGACUGUAGUGAACAUACAAUCUGGAAGCUUCUGAAUGGGAGCUUCGAGAAACCAUCCCGAGCAGCAGAGAAGCACACACUUGAAGUUCUCCAAGAAGAGAAGUCAAGCUCAGUGAUACAUUUGUCUACUAGAGGUGACAGAAGACAAAGAUUAAAUCUAAGAUGCCUGAGAGCUCUGCACACAUUAUGGAGGAGGAGGUGGAGACCUUUGCCUUCCAGGCUGAAAUUGCUCAGCUGAUGUCCCUUAUUAUCAACACUUUCUACUCAAAUAAAGAGAUCUUCCUUAGGGAGCUCAUCUCCAACUCCUCAGAUGCCUUGGAUAAAAUCAGAUAUGAAAGCUUGACGGAUCCCACCAAACUUGAGUCCUGCAAGGACCUGAAGAUUGAAAUCAGGCCUGAUCUGCAUGCUCGCACCCUGACCCUCCUUGACACAGGUAUCGGCAUGACCAAAGCUGACCUGAUCAACAACCUGGGCACAAUCGCAAAGUCCGGCACCAAGGCUUUCAUGGAGGCUCUGCAAGCUGGGGCUGAUAUCUCCAUGAUCGGUCAGUUUGGUGUGGGUUUUUACUCUGCCUACCUGGUAGCCGAGAAGGUGACAGUCAUUACCAAGCACAACGAUGACGAGCAGUAUGUGUGGGAGUCUGCAGCUGGAGGCUCAUUCACAGUCAGGCCUGAUACAGGAGAGCCAAUUGGCAGAGGCACAAAAGUGAUCCUUCACCUCAAGGAAGACCAGACAGAGUACUGCGAGGAGAAGCGCGUCAAAGAAGUUGUGAAGAAGCACUCACAGUUCAUUGGCUAUCCCAUCACACUUUUUGUGGAGAAGACAAGAGAGAAGGAAGUAGACCUGGAGGAGGGAGAAAAGGAAGAGGAGGUUGAGAAGGAGGCUGCUGAGGACAAGGACAAACCUAAGAUUGAGGACGUUGGCUCUGAUGAGGAUGAAGAUACAAAGGAUGGCAAGAACAAGAGGAAGAAGAAGGUCAAGGAGAAGUACAUUGAUGCCCAGGAGCUCAACAAGACCAAGCCUAUCUGGACCCGUAACCCUGAUGACAUCACCAAUGAAGAGUAUGGCGAGUUCUACAAGAGUCUUACCAAUGACUGGGAGGACCACCUGGCUGUGAAGCAUUUCUCAGUGGAAGGCCAGCUGGAGUUCCGCGCCUUGCUCUUUGUACCCAGAAGAGCUGCAUUUGACCUCUUUGAAAACAAGAGAAAGAGAAACAACAUCAAGCUUUAUGUGCGCAGGGUCUUCAUCAUGGACAACUGUGAAGAACUGAUUCCAGAAUACCUCAAUUUCAUCAAGGGUGUGGUGGACUCUGAGGACCUGCCACUGAACAUCUCCAGAGAGAUGCUGCAGCAGAGCAAGAUCCUGAAGGUCAUCCGCAAGAACCUGGUCAAGAAGUGCAUGGAGCUUUUCUCAGAACUGGCUGAGGACAAGGACAACUACAAGAAGUUCUAUGAGCAGUUCUCCAAGAACAUCAAGCUUGGAAUCCAUGAAGACUCCCAGAACAGGAAGAAACUGUCUGAGCUGCUCCGCUACUACACCUCAGCCUCUGGAGAUGAAAUGGUUUCCCUCAAGGACUAUGUCUCUCGUAUGAAGGAUAACCAGAAGCACAUCUACUACAUCACUGGUGAGACCAAAGACCAGGUUGCCAACUCUGCCUUUGUGGAGCGCCUUCGCAAAGCUGGCCUGGAGGUCAUCUACAUGAUUGAGCCCAUCGAUGAGUACUGUGUCCAGCAGCUGAAGGAGUAUGAUGGCAAGAACUUGGUUUCAGUAACCAAGGAAGGCCUGGAGCUGCCUGAGGAUGAGGAGGAGAAGAAGAAGCAGGAAGAGCUCAAGACUAAGUUUGAGGACCUCUGCAAGAUCAUGAAGGACAUCCUUGACAAGAAGAUUGAAAAGGUUGUGGUUUCGAACCGUUUGGUUGCUUCCCCUUGCUGCAUUGUUACCAGCACCUAUGGAUGGACGGCAAACAUGGAGAGGAUCAUGAAGUCUCAAGCACUGAGAGACAACUCCACCUUGGGCUACAUGACUGCAAAGAAGCACCUUGAGAUUAAUCCCUCGCAUCCAAUCAUUGAGACCUUGAGGGAGAAGGCAGAGGCUGACAAGAACGACAAAGCUGUGAAGGACCUGGUCAUUCUCCUGUUCGAGACCGCUCUGCUCUCCUCAGGAUUCACACUGGAAGACCCACAGACACAUGCUAACCGCAUCUACAGAAUGAUCAAACUUGGUCUUGGAAUUGAUGAUGAUGAUUCUGCAGUUGAAGACAUAAUUCAGCCCACUGAUGAAGAUAUGCCAGUCUUGGAAGGCGACGAUGACACAUCAAGAAUGGAGGAAGUUGACUAAAUUAUUUACUAGACUUUUUCUGGCUUUCAUUUUUAUUUUUGUAAUUUAUGUUCCUAAUUUAAAUGUACAUUAUUUUUUAGCAGAAUUUCUGUUAGUAAACAAUGUGCUAGUCAGAAAAAGUUGACGGAAUUAAUACCGACCACAGUGGCUUUAGUUUAUAUUGUAUCAGCCACUUAUAAAACUUCUGACAAUCACUAAGAGUAUUAUUAAGUCACUGGGGGUUUGGCUUAUAUCUCUUUUGUAACAUUUUUUAUGAAAAGCAAUCAAAUUUGUAAUAAAAUAUAUUUUAAAAAUGACACCUGCCACUUUUUAUUGAUCUACUGCACUUUAUUUUAUCACUUGUUCUUGCUUCCUACAAACAAUAAUACUGAAAGGUGAAAAGUUGUAUUAGAGAAGCGCAUUAUACAGCUGGCUUACAUUUAUCAAUUACAUCGUUUGAUUUAUCAUGUAUUCUGGAGUUUUCAGUGAAUACAGCAUGGUUCAUUUUAGUUUCUGCUCUCACAUGCCUUACUCAUUAGGCUCAGCGACCCCUCCCUUAAUCCCGCCUCCUUCUGCCAAGAAAGGCAGAGAGGCAUGUACACGCACCAUGAUUGACAGGCCACCGGGCCAGUGAGUGGCCACCACCGAGCAGGAGGAUUCCAGACGGUUCUGGAAGCUUGUGUCAGGAGGAUUUCUCGAAUGGUCAUAGAGGGUAUAAAAACCGCACCGUUACACCAGUUUCCAUAGGAGCAUUAGGGAGCAUUAGCAGUCAACGAACCUGCGAAUAAGGAAGGAUCUCUGCACAUCUUCCUCAGGAGUUUUGGGCAC